AUGUCUCUCAGCACUCUGGUCACCGUCGAGGUGCCCAUCCCAUUCGAGCUCAUGGUGGCCGUCAGGGAAAAUAAGCUGCACGACCUCUGCGACCUUUCCGAGUUGCGCGAUCUGAUUUCGAAUGUGACCGAGUCCGUCAUUCGGGCGAUCAAGGCUUCCCCAUAUGAAGUGAAGCCGGCGCAUAGCCCGAAUACGCCCCUCUCGCCCGGUUUUCCAGCGACGCGCUCGCCAAUUGCGGACAGCGGCCGAGGAGAGUUGAAAAUGGAGCAGGAGGAUGCAGACCAGGUCCCAUCAAGAGAAAAGACUCUAGCUUCGGUGAGCCGUCGAGAACAAAGCGCGGCGCUUCUGAAAGCCAACAGAGCCCUCGAAUCCUCGCUGCAGCGCAAGAUGGAAGCCCAGAUCAUCCAAGCCAUCACCGAAAGCAAAACCGAAAGCCUACAGCCCACGCACGAAAACGACCACAAUUCCACAUUCUUCGAAAUGGCCGAACACCAAAUCUUCAGCCUCGUCCAGAAGCUUCCCGUAGUAGACGACGGGGGGAAAUCCCAGAAGAGCGGCAUUUUCGAAAUCGAAUACGCCGUCUAUCGGCGUGACUGCCUUCUCGACGCGACCCACGACGACGACGACGACGACCCUCAGCUCGGCUUCCAGCUCCAGGACAUCCCCUGGCGACGGUGCGGCGGCGGCGGCGGCGACGACACUUUUCACGAUCUCGACGAGGCCAACGCCGCGGCCGUCAAAGAGCUCCGGCGCACCCGGCCCGACAACCCCAUCAUCCUCCUCGCGUCCGCGUCCUCGUCCUCGCGCGGUUUCACUGUGCGCCAGGAAACCUCCCCCGAUGGCCCGAAAUACUUCUGUCUGGAAGCCCAAGGCGUGGGCGUGGUGGAAGUCGCCGUUCUAGAAAACUUCCGGGGCGUGGAACGUGAUUUCGAACUCUUGCACACGCAAGACGAUUGGACGAGCAUACCAGCCUUUUUCGUCCGACGGCAGCGCUGCACGCCCCCCGAUUUUCAAGACUACGAUCACGACUCGUCGGGAAGAGGCGAUCUGGAUCUGGAUCUAGCCUGCUGCUUGGAUCUCGACGUGGCGAAUGAAGUUGCGAUAAGGCUUUGGGUGGAGCUGACUUCCGAGUUUUUGUCUGAAGGGGAAAAGCGGGCGAGGCGAGAGGGUUUGCUUCGGAGGGCUCGUGAUGAGGGGGGUUGGUUCAGGGCGAGGACGACGGGAAAGGUUUGGGAGGAGAGGUGGGAAGUUUGGGUUGCUGUGGGGAGAGUCGUGGGGCCGAGUGCGUCGCUUAGGAAUUCUGGUUUGCGGGAGACUCGAGAUGUUAGAGGUUAG